AAAAUAAUUUUAUUCUUAGGCAACAUGGACAUAUAAGCCACAAAUUUAUUGGCAAAACAAUUGGUUCAUCUUAACUCAACAUCCACAAAAAAAAAAAGAAAAUUUGGUUAGGCAAUCAAUUUUUAUAAGUUUGCAAUGCCUCGUUCUUAUGAGAAGCGAAAAGUGGAGAGAAAACAAAGACGCUGCGAAGCCAUUAUACAAAAAGAGUGUCACAUCCAAGCGCAAGAAGAAUCGUCAAAAUACUUGGCGAUACUAAACGCCGGCCUAGCGACGGGUCUCACGGAGGAGCUAGUUUUGCUUACUGCCGAACAAUACGGGAAAGUUGCAAAACUUCUAAUGUUACCCAACAAGUCGUAUUGCUUUUUAGAGUGCAUGGGUCAAGAAGAUGCUGAGUUAAUAUUUGCUAAUAUGCAUGGCAGAGCCAAUGUUGGGCAAAACGAAACUGUUAUAUAUAUGAGUUACUUUCAGCAAUUACCUGCUCUCGGAGUUGACACGUGGUCAAAAUCUUUGCCAAAAGGCUUGGUAUUAAUUAAAGAUUUCAUUAGUGAGGAAGAUGAACUUGCUAUCUUAGAAGCUAUUGAUAUGGAAUCUGUAACUGAUGAUUCACUGAAACAUCGUAAGGUUAAACAUUUUGGCUAUGAAUUUCUGUACGGCGUAAACAUCGUAGAUGUAAAGCAUCCCUUAGACCGAAAGAUACCCAAGGAAUGCACAAAGUUAUGGGUCAAACUGGCCACAGUGAAUGAGCGGGAGCAUUAUAAUUUUGAAUGGCUCGUACCCGACCAAUUAACGGUAAAUGCUUAUGAGCCCGGCCAAGGCAUACCGCCGCAUGUUGAUACGCACAGCGCUUUCUUGGAUCCGAUACUAUCUUUGUCUUUAAAAAGCGAUGUAGUCAUGGAUUUCCGUAAUGGUGCGCAAAAAGUGUCUGUUAUCUUGCCACGCCGUUCGUUGUUAAUAAUGUCGGGGGAAUCAAGAUUUAAUUGGACUCACGGUAUAACGCCUCGUUUGAUGGACGUUGUAACCACGACAAAGGGAAAUCUUACUGUAAAGAAAAGAAAACAAAGAAUUUCAUUAACGUUUAGAAAACUGCGAAAAGGUGCAUGCAAUUGUGAUUUUCCUCUUUUGUGUGACAGUAAACAAAGUGGUAUAAUAAAAGACAAGAAAGAAGUCAUACAACAAGAAAAUGCUGUACAACUUGAAGAAUUUAAUGUGCACAGUGUUUAUGAGCAAAUAGCAGAGCAUUUCAACGAAACCCGUCAUACUCCAUGGCCGAAAGUUACGGAAUUUCUUCAUAGCUUUCCACAGGGUUCAGUGUUACUUGAUGUAGGAUGCGGUAAUGGUAAAUAUUUAGAUUGCAAUUCAAACAUUUUAAAUGUCGGUUGUGAUCGUAGUCAAGGUUUGCUGCAAGUGUGUAAAAGUUUACACUACAAUAUUUUACGUUGUGACUGUCUUCAAUUGCCUAUACGAAGCAGAAGCAUAGAUGGGUGUAUUAGCAUUGCUGUUAUACAUCACUUGUCUACUGCAGAAAGACGUUUAAAAAGUUUGCAAGAACUGCUGCGAAUCUUAAGACCAUCGGGAAAGGCUUUGAUUUAUGUCUGGGCUAAAAAUCAAAGCAAUGAUAAUAAAAAAUCAAGUUACCUAAGGCAAAAUAAAGCUUUAAAUAAGGAAAAGACCACCGCCGACCAACAAAGACAAGAGACUUUAAAGCAAUUGGAAGAAAAAGCAAGUCAAUCACCCGUUCUAUUGCCGAUACAUACGAAUCGCACUGAAUUCUUGCAACAAGACGUUCUAGUGCCCUGGAAGCUAAAAUCCAAAGAAACUCAAAAGAAUGCAGACACUUUCCUACGUUACUACCAUGUUUUCGAAAAAGAGGAGCUUCAAAAUUUAGUCAAACAAAUCGAGGGAGUGACUAUAUUGAGUAGUUAUUAUGAUCAGGGCAAUCAUUGUGUUAUAAUUGAAAAAACUGAAAAUCAAGAAACUACUAGGAAGACAAUAAAAACAGCCCUUUAA